UCACUCCCAAUAGCUCUUCCUUUUUCCUCUAGGAUCAAUAUAACUUCCCUUCUUCCUUGUUAAACCAAAACACACCUUCCUAUCUGCUUUUAUUCUGCAUUUUGCAUUCCCCUUCCUUCAUUUCCUUCGAUUUCCAAAGAAGAAACCAUGGCUGAGAUUGCAACCGUUUUUGUCUCUCCCUUCCUUCAAGUGUUUUUUGAAAAAAUGGCAUCUGGUGACUUCGUUGACUUCUUUCGGCGACGAAAACUCUCCGAUAAACUCCUAAAGAAUUUGAACACAACAUUCCUGACCCUCAAUGCAGUGCUUGAAGACGCAGAGGAGUUGCAAGUUUCAAAGCCUGUUGUGAAAAAGUGGCUUGAUGAGCUGAAAGAUGCAGUCUAUGAUGCAGAGCAUGUCUUGGAUGUGAUUGCUACUGAAGCUUUGCGAAGCGAGUUGGAUGCUCAAUUUCAAACCACUGCAAACAAGGUACGGAAAUCUAUUUCUACUUUUCGUAAUUCUUUUGUCAAAGAGAUAGAGCCAAAGAUAAAAGACGUUCUCGAAAGACUAGAAUCUCUAACACAACAAAAGGAUGUUAUCGGCCUAAGAGAAGGUGCGGGAGGGAAAUUAUCGGAAAGAUUGCCCACGACGUCUUUGGUUGAAGAGUCUAAAAUUUGUGGUAGGAAUGAUGAAAAGGAGGCAAUAAUUAAAUUGUUGCUCUCAGAUGAUGCAUGUGGCAAAGAGAUGAGUGUGAUUGCCAUAGUCGGCAUGGGGGGGAUUGGCAAGACCACCCUUGCUCAACUUGUAUAUAAUAAUGACAAAGUGAAGGAGCACUUUAACCUUGAAGCAUGGGUUUGUGUUUCUGAAGAAUUUGAUGUGUUCAAGGUAACCAAAAUAAUUUUGGAGGCAGUAACUUCGUCACCUUGUUAUGUCACUAAUCUAAAUCAGCUUCAACUUAGAUUAAAGGAGUGUUUAAUGGGGAAGAAGUUUAUACUUGUAUUAGAUGAUGUUUGGAAUGAGAAUUAUGUUCACUGGGAGGAACUAAGCAAACCUUUUAAAUUUGGAGCACAAGGAAGUAGGGUCAUCAUAACAACACGCAAUCAUUCUGUUGCAUCAGUUAUGCGUGCUAGUUCAACUCAUCCUCUAAAGGAGUUACUAGAAGAAAAUUGUUGGACACUAUUUGCAGCACAUGCAUUUCAUGAUGGCAACUCUAACGUGCAUGGAGAGUUAGUAGUAAUAGGUAGAAAAAUCAUGGAAAAGUGCGGAGGCCUUCCAUUAGCAGUCAAGACAAUUGGGGCUCUAUUAAGAUCUAAACCAUAUGUUGAUGAAUGGGAUAAGAUAUUGAAGAGUGAAUUAUGAGAUUUGCCAAUUGAUGAGAUGGGUAUUCUUCCAGCUCUAAGAUUAAGUUACAAAUAUCUAUCUUCGCACCUAAAGCGGUGCUUUGCUUAUUGUUCAAUUUUUCCAAAGGAUUAUGCUUUCAAAAAAGAUCAGUUAAUCAUGUUAUGGAUGGCAGAAGGUUUCCUCCAGCAAUCCAAAAACAAAACAAUGGAAGAACUUGGUAAUGAGUAUUUCGUCACUCUAUAAUCAAGAUCAUUAUUCCAAAAAUCAAGUGUUGACAAGUUAUGUUUUGUAAUGCAUGAUCUUGUGAGCGAUUUAGCAACAUCUAUAUCUGGAAAUUUUAUUGUAAGGUUGGAGGGUGAUUGUUCUCAUGACAUUGUAAAUAAUACUCGCCACAUGUCCUAUUUUUCCAAAAAACAAUUUCACAACUUGAAGAAGUUUGAGAACCUUCACAAGGCUAAGAGGUUGCGCACUUUCCUACAUUUCAAUAUGAUAGAUUUCAAUGCGCCCUUGUACUACUUGAGUAAAAAAGUAGCACAUGAUUUGUUGCCGACACUAGGAUGCUUACGGAUGCUUUAUCUGUUGUACUAUAAGAACAUUACUGAAUUGCUAGAUUCAAUUGGCAAAUUUAAAUAUCUACGUUAUUUGGACAUUUCUUACACUGAUGUGGAAAUAUUGCCUGAUUCUAUAUGUAAGUUGUGCAAUUUGCAAACAUUGAUUUUAUUAAAUUGUAAAAAGCUCUCUUCAUUGCCAAGAGAUAUGCAGAAACUCGUUAGUUUACGCCAUCUUGAUAUUACUGGAACUGGCAUAAAAGACAUGCCGAUACAACUUGGGGGAUUAAAAUGCCUCCAGACAUUGACUAAAUUUAUCGUCGGCAAAGGUAGUGGGUUGUGUAUUGGAGAGUUAAAAAAACUCACAAAUCUCCGGGGAUCACUUUCAAUAUUGGAGCUCCAAAAUGUUGAAUCUCCUACUGAUGUUCUGAAUGCAACAAGCUUAAGGGAUAGAAAGUAUCUCGAAGAGUUGGUAUUGGGAUGGAAAGAUGGUAAUAAUUUUUCAGAAAGUCAAAGAAGUGUACUCGAUAGUCUCCAACCCCAUACAAACUUGAAAAGUCUCACUAUCAAAUCCUACGGUGGUAAAAGUUUUUCAGAUUGGGUAGGGCAUCCUUCAUUCUCUAAUGUAGCAUGUCUUUAUCUAGAAAGCUGUAAAUAUUGCAGCAGCUUGCCACCGCUUGGGCUACUACCCUCUCUGCAAAACCUCUCUAUUGUUGGGUUUGGUGAAGUUGUUAGAGUGGGUCAUGAGUUUUGUGGCAACUGUUUUUCUUCAGUUAAGCCGUUUGGUGCCCUUAAAGUUCUUCACUUGGAGGAUAUGCCAAAGUGGGAGGAAUGAGUUUCUUUUGGUGACGAAAAUGGAGGUGGAGCUUUUCCUCAACUUGAGCAGCUUUAUAUUGAGAAAUGUCGUAAGCUAACAGGAGGGUUGCCGGUCCAUCUUUCUUCUUUAUCCAAACUUGAUAUUAUUAAUUGUCCGCAGCUGGUGGCUCCACUCCCAUUGACUCAUACUAUUCGUGAAUUGCAGCUCAGCAAUUGUAAUGAGACGCUGUUAAAGGAGUUGCCAACUGGAAUGGAGAAGCUCGUAAUUGGAGGAUUUAUUGCCUUGGAGUCCUAUGAUGGUCUUCCCUCCGCAUUAAAAACCCUUGUGAUUAGUGAUUGUGAGAAGUUAGAGCUCUCAACACACCUGGCUAUUCAUCCCUUGAAAAAUUGUGUUUGGAGAAUUGUGAUUCUCUCAAGUCCUUUCCAUUACAUUUAUUCCCAAAGCUUUAUGACAUCCAAAUCGACGAGUGUAGCAAUCUGGAAUCUCUUACCGUUCCAGAACAUUAUGAACAUGAUUUAGUCACCUUGCAGAUUCGUAUCUCUUAUUGCCCUAAUUUUGUAUCUUUUCCAAAAGGAGGAUUGCGUGCCCCCAGCCUUACAUCGUUAGACAUCGAAUAUUGUGAGAAUCUGAAAUCACUUCCUGAAAAAAUGCACAUACACCAUCGAUCUCUUGAGAGAUUGUAUAUAGAAGACUGUCGAGAAGUUGAGUCGUUUCCUGAAGGGGGCUUGCCUUCCAAUCUGAACUCAAUUGUCAUCUUGGGUUGUGAGAAACUCAUUGCGAGUCGGAUGGGAUGGGGUUUGCAGAACCUGCCCAUUCUUGAACAUUUCUUAAUAGCUGGCAAAAAUGAAGAUUUGGAGUCUUUCCCAGAGGCACAGUUGCUGCCCACCAGUUUGACCUAUCUUUUAAUCUACGACUUUCCAAAUUUGAAAUGUUUGGACAAGAAGGGGCUUCAACACCUCAUUGCUCUUGAAAAAUUGCAUAUCAGGAGGUGCCCUAAGCUCAAGUUCAUGCCAGAACAGGGGUUACCUGCCUCCCUUUCUAUUCUAAAUAUCCACGAUUGUCCUUUGUUGAAGAAAGAGUGGCAAAGUAAAAAAGGAAAAGAAUGGCGCAAGAUUGCUCACGUUGAACAGAUAUGGAUUGAUCGGCAACCAAUUGAAUAAGCUACAAGUAUAGCAAGAUUUCUCCAAUUUCGAAUGCUAUGCCCACUUUGCCGCCUAUCGUUGCUUUUAGAUUCGUUUGUUUUGGUGUUGGGCUGAAAUGGUGGAUUCUAAUAGUCCAAACGGUUCUUCGCGACAGACGGCAGCGAAGUACAGCAUCACAAAGCCAAUCUCUCUUGCUGGACCCACCGAGGCUGAUCUUCAACGCAAUAUGGAAUUGGAAAAGUUCUUGAUUGAUUUGUGGCUGUAUGAGAGUGAGGAAGAAGCUGCGAGGAGAAAAGAGGUCCUAGGCCACAUCGAUCCGGUAGACAUAACAAUCAAGUGUAAUAGUAAGUUGUGGAAAAAGCUCAACCAAGUGUCGACAGUGAGGAAAUAGAUCAAGAAGACAAUGUGAACCAAGUGAUGAUGUGCAUGACAUUGAAAACGAGGCUCGUGGGAUGGGAAGGAGAUUAAGAGGUACUGGUCCAAGGUAUUUGACAAAGACAUAACAUACAAAGAACCAUUUUUGGUGAAAAGGACGAACACCACCUCUCAGAUUGCCAUUGUUGGUGCCAAUGUUUGCCCCAUUGAGAGCCUUGUCUAUGAGAUGUUUGAGCUGUUUAAUGGGUUACAAGACAUCUUCCUAAAGCUGAUAUUGGGAAUUCGAUACCACUAUUAGAUCAUGUGUAGAGUUAAAGGAGUCUCAAGAUAGCCUUGCUCAAACAGAUGUUGCUAGAUUGCUAGUGAUGGCUAUGCAUUGUUAGAGUUAAACAAGUCUGAGAUCACUUCCUGACAAGAUGCACAUACUCCUUUCGUCUCUUAAUGAAGUAGAUGUAAUUAUUUGUUCAGAAGUUGAGUGCUUUCCUGAAGGGGGCUUGCCUUCCAAUCUGAAAUCAAUUAACAUCUACGCUUGUGACAAAGUCAUUGCGGGUUGAAUGGGAGGGGGUUUGCAGAACCUCUCCUUUCUUGGACAUUUGACAAUUGCUGGCAAUUCUAAAGAUGUGGAGUCCCUCCUUGAAGCAUGAUUGUCGCCCACCAGUCUGACGGUUUUUCAACACCUGAAUGUUUUUCAAGCAUUGCUUAUCUUUAGCUACCCUAAGCUCAAGUACAUGCCAGAAAAAGGGUUGCUUGCCUUGCUUUCUAUGUUACUGAUCUUGGAAUGUCCUUUGUUGAUGAAAUAGUGGCAAUGUAAAAGAGGUAAAAGGAUGGUGUAAAAUUGCUCACCUCGAACAGAUAUGGAUUGAUGACAAAUUGAUUGAAUAAGCUACAAGACUAGCAAGAGUCCCCAAUUUUCAGUAUAAUAUUAGCUUCUACUGUUAGAACUGAGUAAUUGAGUAUCUCUCAUGUCAUUGCCAAAACUGAUUGAGAACUCUAUAGAAGGGCCAGUUUUCAUUGUCAAUAGCAAGAGUCAUAUGCUUGGAAUCAAAUCUUGCACUAAAAGUUCAAUGGAGACCUAUGGACCUUGUGAAACUGUUGUGCCAAAUCGACAUCAUGGGCAUUUAAGUUUCUUUUUCUUUUGUUGGAAGUGUAGGUUCUGAAUUACCAUUUAGUACCUGAUCUCCUGAAAGCUGCUACAUUGGAAAAGGCUGUCUAAUAUCCAACCAGCACUAAACCAAUGGCAAGCUAGUACUGGUUUUGAUACCUUCAAUUAUCACACUGUUGAGAUAAGAAACUGAAGCUGGAUUUAGAUGGUGACAUUAUCUGUUGACGAAGUGCUGCUGGUAUGUCAUCAAUGUUGAUAACUUGAGGGAAUCGAGCACCGAUAGAAUUCAAUAUGGAGUGCAAAAUUCAAUUCUUUGGGGGGCAACCAAACUGUGUAUUAACGUUAAUCUCUAGGUGUUGUCUUUUAUUUUAAUCUGUUUUCUGGGCACCCAAAGGAGAUUCUUUACUUGCCUUUAAUUGGCCUUUUGGGUAUUGAAGUUAGUGUGUAUAUGCUGUAGGUACAUCUAAUGUGGGCAAUCAAUCGUCUUUUGCAAUGGAGGGAAGGAGUUGGGCUUUGUGCUAACAAGGAUAAUUGGUCGUGGUCAUUGCUAUCACCGUCCAAUCUUUUGCGGGUCAAGGUUACCACAAAAAAAUGAUUGAGAACUCCAUAUGAAAUUGGGGAUGCUUUGAAUCAACAAGGUACUAAAAGUUCAAUGGCAACCUAUGGAGCUUGUGAAAGUCUUGUGCCAAAUCGACAUCAUGGGCAUUUCGGUUUCUUUUUCUUUUGUUUGAAGUGCACCUGAUCUCCUGAAAGCCUCACAUGGGAAAAGGCUGUCUAAUAUCCAUCCAGCACUAAACCAAUUGCAAGCUAGUACUGGUUCUCAUACCUUCAAUUAUCAAACUGUUGAGAUGAGAAACUGAAGCUGGAUUUAGAUGGUGACAUCAUCUGUUGACUAUGUGGUACUGGUAUGUUAUCAAUGGGGCAGUUGAGCCUCUCUCACUAUGCCAUAACUGUGCAGUUGAGUCUCUCUCAUGUCACCGCCAAAAAUUGUUGAGAACUCCAUAGAGAAUUGGGGAUGCUCCGAAUCAACAAGUGUAGGAUUCACUUGCAUUGAAAACCAUGUGCUGCCAGCGGCUGAUGAAGUUGAAUCAAUAUAGACAAAAUCUGGUUUUAUUAGAGCAAGAUGUGCUGAAUCAGUACAAGAAACAUUACCAUAUGCUCUCAUCUUUUGAGGAACAACAGUGCUACAGCCUGCAAGUCAGUCCUCGCACAUUGAAUUAUUGGUGCUUAGGUGUUCGGAGUACCACAAAAAAUUUGUGAAAAUAGACAAGUGAUGCAAGCCAACCUGGAAAUGGCCUUAUGGAGGAUCUUGAGUGGAGGAAGGCUUCUAGAGUGGGAAUGUGCAAUUCUUCAAGAGACAAAUCUGUUGAGGCGUGGAGCCUGGUCCAGACAAGAGCUCCAGAGAGCGACUUUUGUUGAGGCAUGUCUGGACAUCGUGUUGGUUUGACUGGACACAUGGGGCAUUAUGCUACCGAACCAUAGUGGCGCCCGGACACUGCCACCUAAAAACUCUAGUUUUCUAUUUAAAGACUUGUUAUGAGUCUCUAAUGUUAUGGGAAAAAUUGUUGGAACACUGAGAUGUCUUUUCUAGGUUUUGUAUAAAGGAGUUUGAGAGUUGAAUAGUUUAAUCAACGUUUAUGAAUUGUAAAAGUCUCUUGUAUUAUUUUCUCUAUCAUAGUGAAAUCUGCUGCAAUUUUGUAGACGUAGCCCUUAGAGGUGAACCACGUAAAUCUUUUGUUCUUUU